AUGACACUAAGUCCCCCUUUCAUCGUCUCAGCACCUGGGAAAGUCAUUAUCUUUGGUGAACACGCUGCUGUUUUCGGUAAGCCAGCUAUUGCCGCUGCUGUUUCUCUAAGAACCUAUUUAUUGGUCACUCCAAGUGAUAGUAAAGAUGAAAUAAUAUUAGAUUUCCCAGAUAUUGGAUUAUAUCAAUCUUGGAAAAGUUCAGAAUUACCUUGGGAUGUUGCAGAAAAAUAUCAACAAGGGAAACCUCAACCAACUGAUGAAUUAGUUCCUGAAAUUGUUUCUGAAAUUGCCAAAUUAUUGACUGAUUUGGAUAAAACCAUUUUUUAUGCCGCUGCUAGUUCAUUUUUAUACCUUUAUGUCAACUUGUGUAGUAGACAUUCCGAAGGUUUAAGAUUUACUGUUCGUUCAACUUUACCAAUAGGUGCAGGUUUAGGUUCUUCAGCUUCAAUUUCUGUUUGUUUAACAUCUGCAUUAUCAUUAUUAGGAAAUCAUAUUAAACCUGCUUUUUUGAAAAAAGAUGAUUUAACCUCUGAUAAUGAAGAUUCUUUAUUUAUUGAUUCUUGGGCUUAUAUGGGUGAAAAAUGUAUACAUGGUAAUCCAUCAGGUAUAGAUAAUGCUGUGGCAACUCAUGGUGGUGCUGUGAUGUUUCAAAGAAUGCAAAGUUCCAUACCAAGUGUUCGUACAACAAUGAGAAAUUUUCCACCUUUAAAAUUAUUAUUAACAAAUACAAGACAACCAAGAAGAACAGCUGAAUUAGUUUCAAAUGUUUCAAGAUUAACAAAUGAAUUCCCCAAAACAAGUUCAAAUAUUCUUGAUGCUAUUGAAGCAUUAACUAGAGAAGCUUAUAAUAUAAUGAUUAGACCAUUUUUCGAUGAAGCUGCAAGAAAUAGAUUAAGAGAAUUAUUUCAAAUUAAUCAUGGUUUAUUAAUUGCUCUUGGUGUUAGUCAUCCAACUUUAGAAAGAGCCAGAAUGUUAACCGAUGAAAUGAAUGUUGGUAAAACUAAAUUAACAGGUGCCGGCGGUGGUGGUUGUGCCAUAACUUUAUUAAAUGAUCAAGUUGAAGAUGAAAUAAUGAAGAAUCUGAAAUUGAAAUAUGAAGAAUUAGGUUAUGAAACUUAUGAAACUUCAUUAGGUGGUAAAGGUGUUGGAUUCUUACCUUUUAAUAAUGAUGUUUCUUUCAAUCCAGAAAAUUUUAAACAAAAGACUAGUAAUGAAAUUGAAAUUAGUCUAGGUGCUCAAAAUGAUGGAUGGAAGUUUUGGUAG